CGAGAGCCAAGUUCGCUCAACUCCGGCACCAGGGAUAUUCUUUGGCAUUCUGCUAAGCCCCUUGGUUAUUUCUGUAUUCCUUUAUACCUUUACAAUCGACGCAUUGGAAAACCUCUGGCUCGCUGGCCUGCUAACAUGCCCGGAAGAGUUAGCGUGGACUCUUAAUACCAUAGUGGCAGCCGUCAGCUCCCACUCGAACCCAUGGGAACACUUGUGGCCAGUAUGCCUCAAGACGGCCUGGCCGACUCGAAGAAGCUUCAUCCUUUCUUUUCGGCUGCACAAAACGGAUCAUCCGACUCGAAACCAGCUCAGGAAGUUGACCCUAUAAGUCAUGGAAGGCAACAAGGCGAGGUUGACAACAAUCACGUCAGCCAGCCCGGCAAUGGCGGCGAGCGGGAAGGCCCUAGGAGAAAGCGCCAGAAAACCGACCUGGAUCCGAGUACUGCUCAUGGUACAGACACGCCGGGGUCCAAGAAACGCCAAAAUACCAAGAGGAAAGCCGCGUCUUCUCUCGGGCCUUCCAUACUCGAUCAUCUCGUCAAACCCAUUGGGCCCGAAUCUGACUCAAUCCCUCCAGCCACUCAAGGUCCCCCGGACUCCGAAGUGACGGUCACUCCGCCAGCGAAACCUCCCGUCUCUCCUCUGGCCGUGGUUGGCCCUCCUCAGUCGCAGACGUCCAAUAUCGAGGGAGUUGCGUCUUCGGCACAACCGAACGAGUCUCAACCGAAGAAGAUUCUUAAGCUGAAUCCCAAGACGGGCACGUUUGGAUCUCCUCCCAAGUCUAGACCCCCAGCCAUCCACACACCGAGACCGAAAAGGAAACCAACUUCGAAGAAUAAACAAGCCACAUUCAUCGUAACCUAUCGGUUCGGUCACGACCGCGAAUCACGAGAGAGAAUUGCCGAACAAAUCAAUAACAUCCUCGCGUCAACCCCGAACCCGACCUUACCUAAGAAGCGGUCCCGGGCGAAGAAGGUCGCUGACGAGAAAGACAAAGACGCGAAGGGUAAGCAACAGCCCAUACCGGAGGGCGACGAAGCAAAAACGGUUGCUCCUACCGAAGGAGUUGCGUCUAACUCCCGGAAGAAGGCGAAGCCUCCACGCCAAAUCAUCUUCUCAUCCACACCAUGCUCUCCCAAGAAAAGUCGCCCGGUUUUGAAGAGACCCAACUUCCCACAUUUCGGCAUGAAAUUAAUGGGUCUCAAGGUACCAGGCGCCACACACCCUGCCUGGCCGUGGAAGGGAGCAGUGCAUAUCACGGGGCAUCCAGAAACGCCACGGGCUUCUACCGUCACGCCCCGGUUCUCGGACGGGUCUUUGAAGAAAUCAAAAGGUCGGGCCACGAACAUAGCACAAGAAGAGUCCAUCAUGUCUCACUUGCGCCACGCAUUGGACGUUCGUCGUAUCCUCAACUCUAUCAACACCACCAGCGAUGGCUUCGACCCUCCUCCCCCCGAGCUACGCCUACCCCGAAAACACUUCGAAAGCGGUCCCAAGUUGCAGAAACGUGUCCGACCGGAGUUACGGACUCCCCUCUUGCAAGAUGACCAAGAAGUCGACAGCGACAGCGAUGAUGACAUCGUCACAGCCACAGCCACAGCCACUGCCCCUAAACCCCACGCCGCAGUCGCUCGUUUGUACAAGUCCCUUGCCACCCAUCUCUCGGCCUUCGACAAGUCCGAGUGCGAGGACCUCCUUUGGGCUCAUAAAUACGCGCCGGAAACAGCAGACGAGGUUCUUCAAAGCGGCCGAGAAGCGCAUCUUCUCCGAAACUGGCUCGAAGCACUCAAGGUGCAAUCCGUUGAUACAGGCAACAGUCCAGCUGAUCAGAAGCCCGGGAAGGCGAAGCGCGUUUCGGCGUCGAAAAAGAAGCGAAAGCGAGCCAAACUGGACGGGUUUGUCGUCUCGAGCGACGAGGAGAGUAACGACCUGGAUGAGAUCACGGACCCCGAGGACAGCGUAGGCCCCAAGCAGACCGUUGUUCAGAAUGGUGGAAUCAUCCCCAAGAACUCCAAGGAAUCCAUUCGACUAUCCAACGUUGCCCUGGUCAGUGGACCCCACGGCUCUGGGAAGACUGCGACCGUCUAUGCCGUGGCCAAGGAGCUCGGGUUCGAGAUCUUCGAAAUCAACGCCAGCAGCCGUCGCAGCGGGAAAGACGUCUUGGAGAAGGUCGGAGACAUGACGCGCAACCAUCUUGUGCAGCGUCACCGUCACCGUCACCGGGAAGAUGGCAAAUCUGGCGACGGGACCGAGACAGACGCGGGCACUGGCACGGAGGACGAGACGGCAAAAGAAGUCAAAUCUGGCAAGCAGGGCUCCGUCAUGUCCUUCUUCAAGCCAAAGGCUACCGCCAAGACGGCUCCAAGCGCUGUCGGGUCUGAACCUGUGCGCACGCCGCUGCCGCCCUCACCACCACCGAAGCAGAGGGAGACGGACGCGUCGAAACCUACACAACCCAAGGCCCAGAAACAAUCUCUGAUCCUUCUCGAAGAAGCCGACGUCCUCUAUGAAGAGGACAAGCAGUUCUGGACAACCAUCAUGACGCUCAUCGUCCAGUCCAAGCGUCCCUUCAUCCUGACCUGUAAUGACGAGAGUCUCAUCCCCGUCCAGAGCCUCAAUCUGUACGGCAUCUUUCGCUUCAGUCCGCCGCCCGAGCAUCUUGCCGUUGAUCUGUUAUUGCUCAUCGCCGCAAACGAGGGUCACGCCUUACACAGGUCGCCCGUGAAGGCGCUCCUCCAAUCCAGAUCGGGGGACUUCCGAGCAUCCUUGAUGGAGCUCAAUUACUGGUGCCAGCUAGGCAUUGGCGACAGGCGCGGUGGCAUUGACUGGUUCUAUCCGCGUUGGCCUAGGGGGUGUGACCGUGACGAAAACGGUCAUGUCGUGCGGGUCAUUAGCGAAGACACCUAUCUGGAAGGCAUGGGGUGGCUUGGUCGCGAUUCCACCACACGGCCGUUGUCGUCUCCGGGAACUGAGGUAGAACUCAUGUCACAGUGCUGGAGCGGCUUCUACAUCGAUCUCGGCGACUGGCACAAUACGACCGACAUGGCAGCAUGGGUUGGUGGCUUGGAGAAGGAAACUGGCUCUGCCUACGGUAGGAUCGCGGCCCUAGACCUGUACGACGAAUUCUCCGACGCGCUAAGUACAGCCGAUCUGUAUUCGAACGGCCGCUUCGGAGUCGGUUGGGAGGAGAGCCUCGACCCUACGCAGCCGGCGAUUCCUGCAAAGACGCGAGACGACUACGUGGUCGGGUGCAAACUCCUCGAGACGCCCGUCCUCGCCGACUACGAUCAUACCAGCACCUCGACGGCUUUGUGUCUCAAGUCACAGGCCCGGCGCCUUGUUCCGAGCGUACACGAAUCACGGGGCUGGCCCGUGCCGGUCUCGAUGCAGCCGCUCGAGGAGCCCAUUGCCGUCAGCAAGAUACGUGCCCGCCUGGCCUCGGCCACGGAAAACGACUCGGUGACGCGCCGCGACAUGAGCCUCGCGUUCGGCCCCAUCGCGGCGUCGGAUCGACAAGCGCUCCUACCCUCGUCCUACCUCGACCCGUCCGUGUUCGACCGCACUUUGGAGCUCAUCUCCCUCGACGUCGCGCCGUACGUGCGUGGGAUCCUCGCGCACGAGCGGUGCUUGGCGGAGGAACGCAGGCGACAGAGUGGCCUCCUCAGCGAAGGGGGGCGGCCUGGAAAGAAGACGAGACGCACGAGGGUGGCCUUGUCUGCCGGAGAGGGGCUGUCGGCCUUGAGGCGCGAAAGCCAUUUUCGGGCUCGUCUGAAUCCUCAUCAUGUCAUGAGGACGGGCGGUGAGGGGUGGCAGGAGGCUGUGGCUGAAGAGAUGCGCGGUGGGGGGGAUGAUGUCGGGGAAUCGGGGGUGAGCACGGGUGCAUCAUCGGAAACCGGCAUGACUUGGGAUAUAUAGUGUGAAGAGUUUAUACUUUGCUCGAAGCAUACACAACAUGCAUUGGAAAUUUGGAGCGUAAACCCCGAAGUUUAUUGAACCAGGUAUGUGAGGUUAUUCGUGAGCUUGUGGUCGAUAUUUUACAUCUCAAGGGAUAUCGGUCCCUUGGGGGUCCAAAGAGAUGGCGCCAAUGCAACCUAAUCUUCAACCGAAAGACUUUGCCCGGAUCUUCAAGCCUCCGGCCGUAAACGAGUGUACCGGGCGAUCAAGUGGUCGUCGCCUUUAUAUCUGCUCCUUCCUCAAUGC